AUGGCCAAUACAACGAAGACGGCUGUGUGUUUGACCUCUUCGACUGCCGUUGCCGUCUCCCAGUCGGCCACCACAAAGAUGCAACCACCUGCAAAGAAGUUCCUCCCAACACUUUACCUGUGGGCCGGGAGUCAAAAUGACCUCUGGCAAUUCUUAGACGCUCCUCUGGUCAAGGCACUCCAAUCCAUUUAUGAUGUCGUGUAUUCAGAAGAAUCAGAUCUUGAUUACAAGGUGACCGCUCAAGGGUCUGUCUUUGGCGUUGCCACCCAACGUCUCGCAGAGUGGCGCAGCAAUUUUGGAUCAACGGGACUGGCUAUUAUGAUGGAUUUUUUCACUAGGAAUGCUGACACUGAUCCAGAAACACUUGCUGAUGUGCUUCUGGAGGACUUUGCUUUCAUUUAUGAGGACAUGGAAAACCUAGACCCGAUGCAAGCCUUCCGGUCUCCAUUCAUGUUGCAGCUCUUCGCAACCGCUCAUCUUCAUGCCAUUCUCGGGCAUGUUGAAGUCCCCGCACUUAAAACAUAUGUGCUGUCUGUCGUCGGGAUGACUGGUGUUAUUGGCAUUUGUGCAGCUUCACUCGAGCGUGCCAUCAAACGUCUCCGUGUCAAUGCCAUUGACAUUGAUGUGGACACCCUAGAUCUGGGUCCUGCACAAAUGAAGCGCAAGCUGCGGACACCGAAGACCUUCAACAAGGCCACCGGCAAGGAUAGCACUACCGAGAAUGCCUUCUCCAUCAACAACUGGGGAUCAGUAACUGCAUCAUAUGUGGUUGCUAUCAAGGCGAAAGGAGACGACUACAUGAGGACCACAACAUUAACGGCUCGGAAAUUGCUGAAGAAAUUGGGCAGUGUCGGCCUCCAGAAGUACUUUCGCACUGAUGAUGAUGGCUCAGAGGCCGUUGACAUCCGCGCCAUCCUGUGGUAA